GCAGUGAUUGGUUGUCGCUCCGAUAGUAGUAAGUAGUGACAAACCACUUGUGAGAUUCUUAGUAAAUAAGGCUGUCUGUAUACAUCAUUUUGCUCAUUAUCAAAUCUGGAUAUAUACCGAUUUUUGUGGGAUAGUAAUCUGACUGACGAAAAAUAUGUAGCUUCCCUCUAUCAUGUCCUGAACGUGUUAUCUGGAUCAUGAUGCGAUUAACGGUGCCCGAAAGUGGACAAUACCUGUUGUGUAUUGCGAUUUUUUGCCUGCAUGGAUGUCUCGCCAAAGUAUGCGACUUGUGCGACUGUUCCAUAAGUGAUUUGAAUACUGAGAUUCCCGCGGUUCAGAAUAUCAAGACAGUCUGCAACGAGGGAAACAUCGAAUGGAUUAGUCCAUACGGGGCUCUGCGUGUCGAGCUUAGUUACACCACCGGAGGAUUGUACGAGACAUGCUUCAAAAUACAGACAGAAAAUGUGAAAAUAAAAGUGUCUCAAGAAUCUUGGAAGAACUCUAAAUCUCAUUUUGCAAACGUUUUGCCACAGUCAUCUUUGCUCAAGCCAUUAUUUAGCGUCAAUGGAAAGACUAAUGAAUAUUGUUUAUAUUCGAACACUCCCGUCCUACUGUAUUUAGAGCCAGAACGAACUCACGAUAUGUCCGGAUUUCCUCGGAUGAAUUUACAGUAUGUGUUAGAGAGAAAGACGCCUCGACAUUUAGAAAAUGAAUUAGAGGAUUGUCGACCAUGUGAUACCAAAGAGUUAAUUCGGUCGUACUGCACCAGUGAUUUCGUUUUUGUUGGCGAAAUGGGUCAAGUCCGACACCGAGAAGGGGACGACAAAACGGAAGUAGAAUUCCACGUGACGCGUGUCGUCAGGAAGUUAAGUACCUUGUACUUCAAGCCCAAUGUAGACAUUCAGCAACAAUAUGGCAAAAUUGUAGUUCCCAAAAAAUGUCAGGUACGACAUGGAGGAGGGAUUUUCUUAAUCACAGGGAAGGUCCGGUUUGGAGAGCUUGCGAAGACAUGUUCUCCGUAUUUGUCAGACUGGGAAAACCUUGCAAAUACGGCCAUCCGAGACGGAAGAAUGGAGUGCCCUUUAGUCUUGUAGAAGAUGCGAAGGGAGCUCAGAUUGAAACCCUCCUUAACGUUCUUGUGAUCUCAAACAUUGAAAAUGGCAUAGUGCAAUGCGUAGAAACGGAAGUGAAAAUGGAGCUAUAAAGAAAUAAGAAAAGUUUUAAGAAUUUCAUUGAAGUCUAUGGAAUAUGGCUACCGACUGUGAUACUGAUUGGUGCAAUGGACCAAUGGGGAUCUGUUUAUCAUUAAUUGCAGCUCUUAUCUAUCCGAGAUGUACAUUCUAAUUACGACUGCUUCGGGCUUUGGGAAAAUACGAUCUCAUCAUUUUCUGUUCAAUGUGUUCAAACAUUUUAAAACAUUAUCAAUUCUUAUGCUGAAACAUAAUUCUCCUUUCUGGAAAUGGACCACAGCCACACCAUUGCGUGGAGCAUCAUUCAUUUGGUUAUAUGGAAACAUAUUAUUGCAUGCUUCUGAUACUUUCAGUAUUAUAUUCAUGUAUCAUGUACAAUUUUGUUUACAUUCCAUGGCUGAAAUAUAUUAUUGUUGAAAUUUGUUACAAUUGUUUACAAGAGAAAUAAAUGUAAAGAAAUAUUGAUAAAA